AUGAGAGCCCCCGUGCUCCUCGCCCUGCUGGGCCUGGCCACGCUCUGCCUUGCUGGCCAGGCAGAUGCAAAGCCUGGUGAUGCAGAGUCAGGCAAAGGUGCAGCCUUCGUGUCCAAGCAGGAGGGCAGCGAGGUGGUGAAGAGACUCAGGCGCUACCUGGAUCCUGGGCUGGGAGCCCCAGCCCCCUACCCAGAUCCGCUGGAGCCCAAGAGGGAGGUGUGUGAGCUCAACCCUGACUGUGAUGAGCUAGCUGACCACAUCGGCUUCCAGGAGGCCUAUCGGCGCUUCUACGCCCAGUCUAGAGCUCGCAGCCCUGCUGACCUGGCUGGCGGCCCCCAGCUCUGGCUUCUCUCCAGGACCCCUCCCCUCCCCAUCAUCCCCGCUGCUCUAGAAUAA